AUGGAUCCCUUCCACGGCAUUGUGAAGGAGGAGGAGUUCGACUUCGACUUCGACUUCACCGGCGCGUAUGCGGGGGACGCGCCGACGGCGACGGCGGCGUCCUCGUGGGCCGUCACCUUGCCGGAGCUGCCCCGGCCGAUGGAAGGACUCGGCGAGGUGGGCCCCACUCCGUUCCUGACCAAGACCUACGACGUCGUGGACGACCCCAACACCGACACCGUCGUCUCCUGGGGGUUCGCCGGCAACAGCUUCGUCGUCUGGGACGCCAACGCCUUCGCCACGGUGAUCCUCCCGCGCUACUUGAAGCACAGCAACUUCUCCAGCUUCGUCCGCCAGCUCAACACCUACGGGUUCAGGAAGGUUGACCCAGACAGGUGGGAGUUCGCGAACGAGGGGUUCCAGCGUGGCCAGAGGGAGCUCCUGAAGACGAUCAAGCGCCGGCGCCCGUCGUCGAGCCCGUCGUCGGCGCAGCAGGGGCAGGUGCCGUCGGCGUGCCUGGAGGUGGGGCAGUUCGGGCUCGACGGCGAGGUGCACCGGCUGCAGCGAGACAAGGGGAUCCUGCUCGCGGAGGUGGUGAAGCUGCGGCAGGAGCAGCAGGCGACGCGCGCGCAGAUGCAGGCCAUGGAGGAGCGCAUCGCCACGGCGGAGCAGAAGCAGCAGCAGAUGACGGUGUUCCUGGCUCGCGCCAUGAAGAACCCGAGCUUCAUCCGGAUGCUUGUCGACCGGCAGGGCCUUGGCGGCCGCCGCAGGGAGCUCGAGGACGCGCUCUCCAAGAAGCGCCGCCGCCCCAUCGAGUACCACCUCCCGCGCGACGGCGAGUGCAGCGGCACCGCCACGGAGGCGGCGGUGAGCGACUACAUUUCUGGCCUUCCGGUCGGCGUCAACGGCGUGGCGGAGGCGGACGACUACGAGAGCGAGCGGGAGGGGAGCGGUGUCGUCGGCGGCGGCGAGGACACGGAGAGCUUCUGGGUGGAGUUGCUCAGUCUCGGCCUGGAGGAGAAUCACCAGGAGGGCGGCGGCGGCGGUCCCGGCGAGGAGGGGAGCGGAGCUGACGUGGACAACGACGUGGACGACGACGUGGAUGUGCUGGUGCAGAGCAUCUACCACUUGAACCCCAACCCGGGCAGCCCCAGGGGCAAGUGA